UUCAUUUCAUAGCGAAAGGUUUAAGUCUUCCAGAAUGAACGCAGUUGGCAUUUUCGUAAUAUUUCUGGCGUGUUCCCUUGGUGCGAUUAUUCCUCCAUGCCAAGUGGAAUCAAAUUGCGGUGAGGUGAAUGAGACAAGUUCCAUUUGCGGAUUGGAUGAGGAAAUUGGUUGUAUCCGAAAAUUUCCAACCAAGUGUCAUUUGGAUAUAGCAUUUUCCGUUGAAGGAAAAAAUUUCACCGACUUUAAUGAGGAAUAUUGCUCAAUGGAAUCGUAUCUCUGUGAAAUUUCACCCACAUACGAACGAUGGACCAUUUUCUUCGGGAAUGAAAAUUAAUUAUAAUUGAAAGUGCUAAAACCAGAGGAAAACCAAGUUCAAACUCAGGACGAUCUUCUUUGGCCACUAGGAAGAGUGAGUGACGACUUGUCUAAUCGCCGAC